UAGUACAGUGUACCUGGGAAGAGUUACUAAAGUUGGGUGACACUGUAGCAACCAGAUAUUCACUGGCACGGCAAGCACGGCGGAUAUCUCCGGUUCCUUGGGACCAUAUUUUCUCAAAUAGUUUGGAUUCUCUUUCCAAACAGAAAGAACACAUCUGUCAUCAGGAAAAAGCAGGCCGCACUUUCUGUGAGACCUCAUGGCAAUCAACGAAGAAAGAUCCAGGGAGCUGUGGCGACACUCCUCUCCUCAGACUACCCAGAUCUAUGAUUUUAUCACAACCCUGAACAAGAAGCAUGCUCUGUCGCUGAAAUCAUACAACAGUCUUUGGGAAUGGAGCAUAGCAGAGCCCGCCAAGUUCUGGGAGGAGGUCUGGAACUACACGGCAAUCGUGGCGCAUCAGCCUUACAAACAGGCUAUGAGCUCCGAGAAGCUUCUCUUUCCAAGGCCGAACUUUUUUGAGGGUGGUAAACUGAACUUCGCCGAAAAUCUUCUGUACCCUUCCACGUCUCCUGACGAGGAUGCGGUGGCAAUCAUUGCCGCCACAGAAUCUGAUCGUGAAUAUGUGUCAUGGAAAGAGCUGCGAGACCGGGUCAGAAGGUGUGCCAGUUCAUUGAAAGAAGCAGGCUUGCAGGUAGGAGACCGCGUCGCUGGGUUUCUGGGGAAUCAUACCAACGCCGUCGUCGCGAUGCUCGCUGCCGCAUCGAUUGGUGCCUUCUGGACGGGCGUCUCUCCAGACACCGGAGUACAUGCGGUCUUGGAACGCUUGAAGCAGAUCGAACCCAAGAUCAUGUUCGCCGACAAUGCAGCGUUGUACAAUGGCAAAGUGCAUGGUGCAGACGCCAAACUGCGUCAAAUUGUGCCCGGUUUGCCCAAUCUCGAACUGUUGGUUGUGUUCCAGACUGUCACCUCUUACGACUUCGAGCUCAAGGAAAUCGCACCGCUGCAAGGCAAGGCUGUUUCUUACAGCUCGUUUCUUGCGCAUGCCACAAAUGAUACAGCUCCUCUGGAGUUUGCAAGUCUGGAGCCGGCGCACCCCGUUUACAUCUUAUACUCCUCCGGCACAACCGGAGCGCCGAAGCCUAUUGUACAUGGUGCUCUGGGAACGCUUCUCCAGCAUAAGAAAGAGCAUGUCUUUCACUGCGACCUACGGCCGGGAGACCGAUUGUUCUAUUUCACAACUACGACCUGGAUGAUGUGGCACUGGCUGGUUUCCGGCUUGGCCAGCGGAGCCACCAUCGUCCUCUAUGAUGGCUCGCCAUUCCGACCAUUCGAUAUCGAAGGCGGGAGCGGAGAGAUGGCCAUGCCACGCCUGAUAGACGAACUGCAAAUCACGCACUUUGGCACGUCUGCCAAAUAUCUUUCCAUUCUGGAGCAGGCAUCUCUAAAUCCGACAAAGCACCCCCAUCGGCCAGUGAGCCUGAAAUCUCUGAAGGCCAUUUACAGCACGGGGUCGCCUCUCGCUCCAUCUACCUUUGAAUAUGUCUACUCAUCUAUCAAAGCAGACAUUAUGCUGGGCUCAAUCACCGGAGGAACAGAUAUCCUGUCCCUUUUCUGUGGCAGCUGCCCCAUUCUUCCUGUUUACAAGGGAGAAAUUCAGUGCCGCUGCUUAGGUAUGGCCGUCACAGUUUACGACUACGCCGGGCACGACAUCAGCGCCUCUGGCGAACCAGGCGACCUUGUAUGCACCAGACCGUUCCCCGCUCAGCCUGUGAUGUUCUGGCCUCCUGGUCCUGUGGGGGCGGAAAAAUAUCGCAAGAGCUAUUUUGAUAUGUUCGGUCCAUCGAUCUGGCAUCAUGGCGACUUCGUGCGCCUUAACCCACAAACUGGCGGAGUAGUCAUGUUAGGUCGCAGUGACGGCGUUCUGAAACCCGCAGGCGUCCGUUUCGGAAGUGCAGAGAUUUACAACAUCCUGCUUAAACAUUUUGCGGACGAGGUGGAAGACUCUCUAUGCAUUGGAAGGAGACGUGCAGGUAUCGAUCCCGACGAAACUGUCGUUCUUUUUGUCAAGCUGCCGCCGAAUGAGAAGGCUUCGGAAGUUAUCCCGUCCGAUCUUGCGGCUCGCAUUCAGGCGACAAUUCGCAAGGAGCUCAGCCCUCGUCAUGUACCAGGGAUUGUGGCUGUAUGUCCUGAGAUCCCCGUGACGGCCAACGGGAAGAAAGUGGAAAAUGCGGUAAAACAGAUCCUAUGUGGAUUGAAUAUCAAAAUCGGGGCGAGUGUUGCCAAUGCCUCUUGUUUAGAAUGGUACCGCAACUGGGCCACGGCGCACUCUUAAUUGUGGUUAUGUUGACAAGAUCUUGUCAGCGCUACCAUGUUCUUCAGCAGUAGACUAAUCACAAGGGCAGUUAAUGAGUCUUCAUCAUCAAAUUGAGUAUUGUCCUCUAUGUUGUGAGGUGUCCAGUAUGAAGCAACUACUCGUCUUGGCAAGGCAUAUUCCCUGGCCUGAUCUAGAUCAGCAUCGUUAAUAACACGAUCACGUAGGGGGGCGGUUAUUUGCCA